UCCUCCUACGGCGCGGGCGAGCUGCUGGACUUCUCGCUGGCCGACGCCGUGAACCAGGAGUUCCUGACCACGCGCACCAACGAGAAGGCGGAGCUGCAGGAGCUCAACGACCGCUUCGCCAACUACAUCGAGAAGGUGCGCUUCCUGGAGCAGCAGAACGCGGUGCUGGCCGCCGAGGUCAACCGGCUCAAGGGCCGCGAGCCCACGCGGGUGGCCGAGAUCUACGAGGAGGAGCUGCGCGAGCUGCGGCGCCAGGUGGACGUGCUCAGCAACCAGCGCUCCCGCGUGGACCUCGAGCGCGACAACCUGCUGGACGACCUGCAGCGGCUUAAAGUCAGGCUGCAAGAGGAGAUUCAACUGAAAGAAGAAGCAGAGAACAACUUGGCUGCCUUUCGAUCGGAUGUGGAUGCAGCCACUCUAGCUCGAAUUGACCUGGAGCGCAGGAUCGAAUCUCUCAACGAGGAAAUCGCGUUCCUUAAGAAAGUGCAUGAAGAGGAGAUCCGAGAGCUCCAGGCCCAGCUUCAGGAACAGCAGGUCCACGUGGAGAUGGACAUGACCAAGCCAGACCUCACUGCUGCCCUCAGGGACAUCCGGGCCCAGUACGAGACCAUCGCGGCUAAGAACAUCUCCGAAGCCGAGGAGUGGUACAAGUCGAAGGUGUCCGACCUGACCCAGGCAGCCAACAAAAACAACGAUGCGCUGCGCCAGGCCAAGCAGGAGAUGAUGGAGUACCGGCACCAGAUCCAGUCCUAUACCUGCGAGAUCGAUGCCCUCAAAGGCACUAAUGAUUCCCUGAUGAGGCAGAUGCGGGAGCUGGAGGACCGCUUCGCUAGUGAGGCCAGCGGCUACCAGGACAACAUCGCUCGCCUAGAAGAGGAGAUCCGCCACUUGAAGGAUGAGAUGGCCCGCCAUCUGCGCGAGUACCAGGACCUGCUCAAUGUCAAGAUGGCCCUGGACGUGGAGAUCGCCACCUACCGGAAGCUGCUGGAGGGCGAGGAGAGCCGGAUCAACCUCCCUAUCCAGACCUUCUCUACCCUCAACUUUCGAGAAACAAGCCCUGAACAGAGGGGUUCCGAGGUCCAUACCAAGAAGACAGUGAUGAUCAAGACCAUCGAGACCCGGGAUGGGGAGGUUGUCAGCGAGGCCACACAGCAGCAGCACGAGGUGCUCUAAAGCCAGAGACCCCUCUGCCACCAGAGACCGUCCUUGCCCCUGUCCUCACUGCCUCCUGAAGCCAGCCUCCUUCCAUCCCAGAGCACCACACCCAGCCACAGUGCUCCUCUCACAGCUUCUGACCCCUGUUCACCACCACCCCUCAUGGUCCCCACAGGGAACAUGGCCUAUCCCUGCCCGGCUCAAGGAGCCCCCAGUAAUGUGAGUCCUAGAUGUUGGAAGUGAGAGAGCCAAGGCAGAGCAGUGGCCCUGCCCCUCCCACCUCUGUGACCUCAGGCUCUAGCCUCUGGCUUUGGAGAGAGUCCCUCACCCCAGAAGGGUGUUGGGACCCAUGGAGUGGACCUCCCCACACCCCAGACCAGGUCAGAGAAAGAAAGGGACUCCUCAGUAAGCCGGGCAGGUAACUGGGGGACUAGUCCCCUGUGGAGAGAGGGGCACUAAAUUAACCCCAUAAUCCCUUCCAUUCCCAGGGUAGGCUUAGAAAGCAGGGGCUGCAAGAAGGAACCCCCGAAGGUGCCAGAUGUGGGAGCAGGAGAUUCAGAAGGAGUGAGGGUAGGCAAGAUGCUGAGAGGAAAGGAGAGGACAGAGGCAGAGUGGUCUCAGGCAGGUGGCAGGGGCACCCACCUCCCCAUGCCUGCCCCUCCCCCGCUGCAGGGGCUGGACAGAAACAAUAAAAGAGAAGCACAAGCCUA